GUUACGCAAUAUUUUGACAUUUGACAGCUGUUUGACACUUGACAGCAAUCACAAAAAUAAAAUGUUCGAAAACCAAUAAAAUCGUUCAAUUACCACAAAACCACGAUGGCUGCAGUGUUAAAAAAACGCGCCUUGGCCGAAUUCACCCAAACAAUCCAGGAAAGCGCCCCUUUUCAGCCGAUUAAAAAGCUCAAACUUGUCAAGAAGCCUCCCACAGGCACCGGAAACUCAUCACUAGCCCUCAUUAGUUGUCUUGAAAGUUGCAAGAGCAGCAGCGAAGCCUUACGCACCUUACUUCGUGUCUCUGAUACUUUUGAACUUGAGACCCCAGACAUACCCGAAGCGGUUAAAAAACUGAGCGAUCAUUUUAAAAAUGAGCCAGAGUCAGCUGUCAGAGUGAAGAUUUUGUCGCUCUUGUGCGAUAUUGGACAUUUAGCCAACGCUGAUGUUGUGUCCAUCAUAGAUGAGGCGAUUUUGUUGCUGAAAAACGACCAUUCGCAUAAAGUUAUGGCUCAGGGGAUGAACACAAUACUUAAAUUGGGGACAUUAGUGCCUGAUAAUGUUAUCGCAUUGCAUCAGAAACUGGUCGAAGUGGCGAAAAGUUACUUGAAAGAUGUGAGUCACGCUGUGAAAAGGAGAUGUCUUGAGAUCAUAGGCGUGCAUACGCCGGUUUGUACGGGGGCAGACGCCGAGAAAUUAAUGGUCUUGAUUAGUUCGUAUUUCAACCACGAUGACGCUAGGGUGCGGAGCCAGGCAUUUUCGACUGUUAUCACCCUACAUGAGCGCAAUUUUAAGAUAAAUCCUGAUAUUUAUAUAGACGUGUGUGAGGCCUUGAAAGACGACUACGAAAUUGUCCGUCAAGUGGUUCUCAAGUUGGUGUGCCUAUUAGGCAACACGUUUCCGGAAAAUGAGGUGGUACUCCCUGGUAGCGAACACGAAAUUCGUCUCAUAGAUGACGCUUUCGGCAAGGUUUGCAACUCCAUUUCUGACUUAUCGAUCCAUGUUCGAACUUUGGCGGCAAAACUUUUAGGAACGAUGAAACUCGUCAGCGCGAAAUUCCUCAACCAAACUCUCGACAAGAAAUUAAUGUCGAAUAUGAGACGCAAGCGUACGGCCCACGAGUUGGCAUGGGAGAACGUGACUAGUGGCGAAUGGGCGAGUGGAAAAAAAUGGGCCGAUGAUGCCCCCCGCGAAAUCCUCGACGCCGACAGCAUCAAUCUGAUGAGCAGUGGGGCGUGUGGGGCCUUCGUGCACGGUCUAGAGGACGAGUUCAUGGAGGUGCGUUCGGCUGCCGUGGAAUCGCUCUGCGAACUAUCGAUUCGCAACCCUCAAUUCGCAAAUUUAUCGCUUGAUUUCCUUGUUGAUAUGUUUAACGACGAAAUUGAGGAUGUGAGACUCAAGGCGAUUGAUAGUUUACGCCGAAUUUCCGAACACAUUAUCCUGCGAGACGACCAAUUGGAGACCAUAUUAGGGGCCCUUGAGGACUUCUCCCAGGAUGUGCGAGAGGGGCUGCACCGAAUGUUGGCUUCGUGUAAAAUGUCAACAACAGCAGGGUUAAAAAUGUGUGUGGAGAAAUUGUUAGAUAACUUGAAAAAAUACCCACAAGAUAAGAGAUCAACUUACCGGUGUUUGCAACGAGUGGGGGCACAGCACCCAGAGUUGGUGCUCCCUCUAGUGCCACAAUUAUUAAAUAUACAUCCUUUUUUUGAUACAGCUGAACCGGACGUCGAAAAUCCGCAAUAUAUUUGUGUCUUGAUUUUGAUUCUAAAUGCGGCGAAAUUUUCACCUACAAUAAUCCCGCUUCUGGAACCUCACACUUUACGUCACUAUGCAUACAUAAGUGACACAAUGCCGUCUCUAGUUCCGGUUUUAAGUCUCCCGGAGUCGAGUUGUAGCACAAUAACGAGGCCACAAACCGUUCCCGAAAGUCUCGAGUUCCUCAACAAUGUCAUAAGCAACUUGGAUUUAGCCGAAAAUACGUUACGAGUCCAAACGACACUUUUGCAGACUGCUAAAGAACACUUGAACCGUUUGAGUGAAAUCGACUCGUCGGUUGCAGGCACGGCUCAAUUCACCUCGCUUUACAUCGGGGCCCAAUUAAUAAUGUCCCAAAUCUUGGAAAAGGGCUAUUGGCUCAAUCCGGCUACUUUGGCCACCCAACAGGCCAACAAUCUGAAAACUAACAUAACAAACCUCUUGGAGUAUUGUCUCAAAUUGCAGUUUUUCUUCGUAGGACUUAGCCCUGUGGAGGAAUGCGCCGUCAAAAUGUUCCGUUUGCGGGCCCUCGCACUUAAUCUAGUGUACAUAGUCAAGGGCAGCAACGCCUCAGCUUUGGCUCCCUGCCACCACUUCCUCACCAUCGUCGAAGACAUGCAGCGGGACUUACAAGUCGCGGGCUUAGACCCUGACGCUUUCACGUCAGCCGUUUUCAAAGAAUUGUCAGUGUUGGAGGAGCCCAAACCGGGAACAGUUUCCCGAAUUCUAAUCCCGAUCCUCUCGGAAGCCCGAUUGGGUAAAAUCCCGCGUCCGAACAUACAGAUUCGGAUGAGUUCGGCCGAGAUCGUCGAACCGAACGGCCAGACCGACACCUCAUUAAAGUUCACAGCGGGGUUGGUGAUGUCCGUGCACUUCGACGCCGAAUUAAGGCACUUGAGUGAUCCCUCGAGGGUCAGAUUGAAGGUCAAGUAUCCCGAUCAGAAAACCCAGAUUAUUUUGCCCCGACCGGCCCACAUGAAACCCCUAAUGUUGGACGGGGAGGAGACCCAAGCGGGGCACAAUGUGAGGCUGCUAACGGCGGUGUUGAUCUCGCAUCAAGUAUGGUCGGAAGCGUGCAAUGUGGAAAUUAACGUGGCCUUGGCCAUUCCGGAAGCGGAUCUCGGGAAACGGAAGGCCAAUGUGAGCACCACGCCGACAUUGAUUGACCUGUGCAAGCCGGUGAAGGUCAGCGUGGCACCCAAGCCUAUCAAAAGGACAUUAUAAAGAUUUGUAAAUAAUUUUUUUAAUAAAAUUUGUGAAAAAAUAAAAAAUUAGAUCCUUGAUCAAAG